GGACGCCAGGAAACCGCAGAUGAGAAGGGGCGGGUGAAGCCCCGGGGUCCGCGGCCUCGGCCGGCCCAGCCCGCUGCAUUUCAACUCUAUGGCCGGUCGCGAGCUAACAGGACGUGGGCCGAAGGGGGAUGUGAGGGCAGAGGGGGCGGGGCCUCCGCAGACCGAGCCCCGACCGCGGCGUCUCUAUGGUACAAACGCGAGGAAACCGGAAAUGGUCCGAAGGGGCGGUGAGGCCGUGGAGGGGGCGGGGCCUUCGUCACCGCCUCCGCAGUGACCGAGGCGCGAUGGCGGCUACCGAGGGGGUCGGGGAGCCGGGCCAGCCCGAGCAGCCGCCUCCCCAGCCGCACCCGCCGCCGUCCCUGCAGCCGCCGGAAGAAGAGAUGGCGGCGGAGGUGGAGGAAGCAAUGGCGUCUCCUAUGGACGACGGCUUUCUGAGUCUGGACUCGCCCACCUAUGUCUUGUACAGGGACAGAGCAGAAUGGGCAGAUGUAGAUCCAGUACCGCAGAAUGAUGGUCCCAAUCCAGUGGUCCAGAUCAUCUAUAGUGAGAAAUUUAGAGAUGUUUAUGACUAUUUCCGAGCUGUUCUGCAGCGUGAUGAGAGAAGUGAGCGAGCCUUUAAGCUUACCCGUGACGCCAUUGAGUUAAAUGCAGCCAAUUACACAGUGUGGCAUUUUCGAAGAGUUCUCUUAAAGUCUCUUCAAAAGGAUCUCCAAGAGGAAAUGAAUUACAUCACUGCAAUAAUUGAAGAACAGCCCAAAAACUAUCAAGUUUGGCAUCAUAGGCGAGUGUUAGUGGAAUGGCUAAAAGACCCAUCUCAAGAGCUUGAGUUCAUUGCUGAUAUUCUUAAUCAGGAUGCAAAGAAUUACCAUGCCUGGCAGCAUCGACAGUGGGUCAUUCAGGAAUUUAGACUUUGGGAGAAUGAGCUGCAGUAUGUAGACCAGCUCCUCAAAGAGGAUGUGAGAAACAACUCUGUCUGGAACCAGAGACACUUUGUCAUCUCUAACACCACUGGCUACGGAGACCGUGCUGUGUUGGAGAGAGAAGUCCAGUACACUCUGGAGAUGAUUAAAUUAGUACCACAUAAUGAGAGUGCGUGGAACUACUUGAAAGGGAUUUUGCAGGAUGCCGGUCUUUCAAAAUACCCCAAUCUAUUAAGUCAGUUGCUUGAUUUACAACCAAGUCACAGUUCCCCCUACCUAAUUGCCUUUCUUGUGGAUGUCUAUGAAGAUAUGCUAGACAACCAAUGUGACAACAAGGAGGACAUUCUUAAUAAAGCAUUAGAGUUAUGUGAGAUCCUAGCUAAAGAAAAGGACACUAUCAGAAAAGAAUAUUGGAGAUAUAUUGGAAGAUCCCUUCAAAGCAAACAUAGCAGAGAAAGUGACAUACCAACAAGGGUAUAGUAGUGACACCAUCCAGAAGAAGUGAAUAGAUUGCUUUUAUUUUCUUAAGGGCCUCUAAUGCAAGAGUUUAAAACUAGAGAGAUCAUUCCCUUACCUGUGAUAUAAAAUAUGCAUUGCCCAGGUGUUGCUUCUUAACAAGAACUAAGUAUGAUACUCCUGUGUGCUGCUGCUGUUCAGACUAGCUCUAAAAAAAACUUGGUCCUUUCAAAGCAGAGUGAUUGCAGCAAAGUAAAGGAGCUACUGCUUCUGGGUCUUACCCACAUUAACAAAUCCAGCAUCACCUCUUCACUGGAAGAUAGUUGCGUAAUGACUGAAGGUGAUAUAUAUGUGAUUGAUUUGAGGCAACUUAAGUAUUGGUGCAUUAAACAGAGAAUACAACUGUUCCAUUAGAGCUGCUAUGUCACACUCACAGUAUCUUGCUAUCACUGUAACCAACUAAUGCCAAAAGAAAUGUUUUAUAAUAAAAUCACAGAUGUAUCUUACAAACAA